CUUUCUGUGAAAAUGUCGGUUCUAAUAUCACAGAGUGUAAUAAAUUAUGUGGAAGAAGAAAACAUUCCUGCUCUGAAAGCUCUUCUUGAAAAAUGCAAAGAUGUUGAUGAGACAAAUGAGUGUGGCCAGACUCCAUUGAUGAUAGCUGCUGAACAAGGCAAUGUGGAAAUUGUGAAAGAAUUAAUUAAGAAUGGAGCGAACUGCAAUCUGGAGGAUUUGGAUAACUGGACAGCACUUAUAUCAGCAUCAAAAGAAGGGCAUGUGCAUAUUGUGGAAGAACUUCUUAAAUGUGGAGUUAACUUGGAGCACCGAGAUAUGGGAGGCUGGACGGCUCUGAUGUGGGCAUGCUAUAAAGGCCGUACCGAUGUUGUGGAGUUGCUUCUUUCUCAGGGUGCCAAUCCGAGUGUCACUGGUUUGUACAGUGUUUAUCCAAUCAUUUGGGCAGCAGGGAGAGGCCAUGCAGAUAUAGUGCAUCUUUUACUGCAAAAUGGUGCUAAAGUCAACUGCUCUGAUAAGUAUGGAACCACCCCUUUGGUUUGGGCUGCACGAAAGGGUCAUUUGGAAUGUGUAAAACAUUUAUUGGCCAUGGGAGCUGAUGUUGAUCAAGAAGGAGCUAAUUCAAUGACUGCACUUAUUGUAGCAGUAAAAGGAGGAUAUACACAAUCAGUAAAAGAAAUUUUGAAGAGGAAUCCAAAUGUAAAUUUAACAGACAAGGAUGGAAAUACAGCUUUGAUGAUUGCAUCAAAGGAAGGACAUACAGAAAUUGUACAGGAUCUACUGGAUGCCGGAACAUAUGUGAACAUACCUGAUAGGAGUGGAGAUACCGUGUUGAUUGGCGCUGUGAGAGGUGGUCAUGUUGAAAUUGUCCGAGCCCUUCUACAAAAAUAUGCUGAUAUAGACAUUAGAGGACAGAAAGGAGAUACUCCUUUGCAUAUUGCUAUUCGUGGAAGGAGUCGGAAACUGGCAGAACUUCUUUUAAGAAAUCCGAAAGAUGGACGGUUGCUUUACAGGCCCAACAAAGCAGGCGAGACACCUUACAACAUUGACUGUAGCCAUCAGAAAAGUAUCUUAACUCAAAUAUUUGGAGCCAGACACUUGUCUCCUACUGAGACAGAUGGUGACAUGCUCGGCUAUGAUUUAUAUAGCAGUGCCCUGGCAGAUAUUCUCAGUGAACCGACCAUGCAGCCACCCAUUUGUGUGGGGUUAUAUGCACAGUGGGGAAGUGGGAAAUCUUUCUUACUCAAGAAACUAGAAGAUGAAAUGAAGACUUUUGCAGGACAACAGAUUGAACCACUUUUUCAGUUUUCCUGGCUAAUAGUAUCUCUUACUCUUUUACUUUGUGGAGGAUUUGGCUUGCUGUUCGCUUUUACUGUUGACCCGAAUCUUGGAAUAGCAGUGUCUCUGAGCCUCUUGGCUCUUUUAUAUAUAUUCUUUAUUGUGAUUUACUUUGGUGGACGAAGAGAAGGUGAGAGUUGGAACUGGGCCUGGGUCCUCAGUACUAGAUUGGCAAGACAUAUUGGAUAUUUGGAGCUGCUUCUCAAAUUGAUGUUUGUGAACCCCCCUGAACUGCCAGAGCAAACUACUAAGGCUUUACCUGUGAGGUUUUUGUUUACAGAUUACAAUAGGCUGUCCAGUGUAGGUGGAGAAACUUCAAUGGCUGAAAUGAUAGCAACCCUCUCGGAUGCCUGUGAAAGAGAGUUUGGCUUUUUGGCUACAAGGCUUUUUCGAGUAUUCAAGACAGAAGAUUCACAGGGUAAAAAGAAAUGGAAAAAAACUUGUUGCCUCCCAUCAUUUGUCAUCUUCGUUUUUAUCUUUGUCUGCAUUAUUGCUGGGAUUACUCUUCUGGCUGUGUUCAGAGUUGACUCGAAACAUCUGACCGUGAAUGCCAUUCUGAUAUCAGUUGCAUCGAUAGUUGGGUUGGCCUUUUUGUUGAACUGUCGUACAUGGUGGCAAGUGCUGGAUUCCCUCCUAAAUUCUCAAAGAAAGCGCCUACAUAAUGCUGCCUCCAAACUGCACAGACUGAAAAGUGAAGGAUUCAUGAAAGUUCUUAAGUGUGAAGUGGAAUUAAUGGCCAGAAUGGCAAAAACCAUUGACAGCUUCACCCAGAAUCAGACAAGACUGGUAGUUAUUAUUGAUGGAUUAGAUGCAUGUGAACAGGACAAAGUACUUCAGAUGCUGGACACCGUCCGAGUUUUAUUUUCCAAAGGUCCAUUCAUUGCCAUUUUUGCAAGUGAUCCACAUAUUAUUAUAAAGGCAAUCAAUCAGAACCUCAAUAGCGUGCUUCGUGAUUCCAAUAUAAAUGGGCAUGACUACAUGCGCAAUAUAGUUCAUUUGCCUGUUUUCCUUAAUAGUCGUGGACUCAGCAAUGCAAGAAAAUUUCUUGUAAAUUCAACAACAAAUGGGGAUAUUCCAUGUUCCGAUACUACAGGGAUACAGGAAGAUGGUGACAGAAGAGUUUCACAAAACAGCCUUGGGGAGAUGACAAAACUUGGUAGCAAGACAGCCCUCAAUAGACGGGACACUUACCGAAGAAGACAGAUGCAGCGGACGAUUACUCGGCAGAUGUCUUUCGAUCUGACGAAGCUGUUGGUCACUGAGGACUGGUUCAGUGACAUAAGCCCUCAGACCAUGAGAAGAUUACUGAAUAUUGUUUCUCUGACUGGACGAUUACUGAGAGCCAAUCAGAUUAGUUUCAAUUGGGAUCGGCUUGCUAGCUGGAUCAACCUUACUGAACAGUGGCCGUACCGAACUUCAUGGCUCAUAUUGUAUUUGGAAGAGACUGAAGGUGUUCCAGACCAAAUGACAUUAAAAACCAUAUAUGAAAGAAUAUCAAAGAAUAUUCCAACAACUAAAGAUGUUGAACCACUGCUUGAAAUCGAUGGAGAUAUAAGAAAUUUUGAAGUGUUUUUGUCCUCAAGGACCCCAGUUCUUGUAGCUCGAGAUGUAAAAACCUUUUUGCCGUGUACUGUAAACCUAGACCCCAAACUAAGGGAAAUUAUUGCAGAUGUUCGUGCUGCAAGAGACCAGAUUAAUAUUGGUGGACUUGCCUAUCCCCCACUGCCUUUGCAUGAAGCUCCUCCUAGACCACAGUCAGGUUUCAGCCAGCCUCCAUCUGUGUGUUCUUCUUCCACUUCUUUUAAUGGACCCUUUGGAGGGGGAGUUGUGUCCCCACAGCCUCACAGCAGCUAUUAUAGUGGCCUGACAGGACCUCAGCAUCCAUUCUACAAUAGGCCAUUCUUUGCCCCAUACCUUUACACGCCAAGGUAUUACCCUGGCAGUUCCCAACAUCUCAUCUCACGUCCAUCAGUAAAAACGAAUUUGCCCAGAGAUCAGAACAAUGGCCUAGAAGUUAUCAAGGAAGAUGCUGCUGAGGGGCUUUCUUCACCCACAGACUCCUCAAUGGGGUCAGGCCCAGCCUCUGGACCAGUAGUAUCGCUGAAUUCAAUGAAUGUGGAUGCAGUCUGUGAGAAAUUGAGACAGAUAGAAGGACUAGACCAGAGUGUACUGCCCCAGUAUUGCGCAACAAUCAAAAAGGCAAAUAUAAAUGGCCGUGUGUUAGCUCAGUGUAACAUUGAUGAACUGAAGAAAGAGAUGAAUAUGAAUUUUGGAGACUGGCACCUUUUCAGAAGCACAAUACUAGAAAUGAGAACUGCAGAAAGCCAGGUAGUCCCUGAAGACCCACGUUUACUUAAUGAAAACAGCAGUGGCCCCGUUCCUCAUGGUGAACCUGCUCGGCGUUCUUCACACAAUGAAUUGCCUCACACCGAACUUUCCAAUCAAACUCCCUACACACUAAACUUCAGCUUUGAAGAACUGAAUACGCUUGGCCUAGAUGAAGGGGCGCCACGUCACAGUAAUCUCAGUUGGCAGUCACAAACUCGCAGAACCCCAAGUCUUUCAAGUCUCAAUUCCCAGGAUUCCAGUAUUGAAAUUUCAAAGCUAACUGAUAAGGUGCAGGCUGAGUAUAGAGAUGCCUAUAGAGAAUAUAUUGCUCAGAUGUCCCAGUUAGAAGGGGGUACAGGCUCUACAACAAUUAGUGGUAGAUCUUCUCCACAUAGUACAUAUUACAUGGGUCAGAGUUCAUCUGGGGGCUCCAUUCACUCUAACCUGGAACAAGACAAAGGGAAGGAUAGUGAACCAAAGCAAGAAGAUGGAAGGAAGUCAUUUUUAAUGAAGAGGGGAGACGUCAUAGAUUAUUCAUCAUCAGGUGUUUCCACUAAUGAUGCUUCACCCCUGGAUCCUAUCACAGAAGAAGAUGAAAAAUCUGAUCAGUCAGGCAGCAAACUUCUUCCAAGCAAGAAAUCCUCAGAAAGGUCAAGUCUCUUCCAGACCGAUUUGAAGCUUAAGGGAGGUGGACUGCGCUAUCAGAAACUUCCAAGUGAUGAAGAUGAAUCUGGGCCAGAAGAAUCAGAUAAUACUCCACUGCUCAAAGAUGAUAAAGAUAAAAAAGUUGAAGGGAAAGUAGAGAGAAUGUCAAAAUCUCCAGAACACAGUGCCGAGCCUAUUAGAACCUUCAUUAAAGCAAAAGAAUAUUUAUCAGAUGCACUCCUUGACAAAAAGGAUUCCUCAGAUUCGGGAGUGAGAUCCAACGAAAGUUCUCCCAAUCACUCUCUUCAUAAUGAAGCGGCUGAUGAUUCCCAACUUGAAAAAGCAAAUCUCAUAGAGCUUGAAGAUGAUCACCACAGUGGAAAACGGGGAAUACCACAUAGCUUGAGUGGCCUUCAAGAUCCAAUUGUAGCUCGGAUGUCCAUUUGUUCAGAAGACAAGAAAAGCCCUUCUGAAUGUAGCUUGAUAGCCAGCAGUCCUGAAGAAAACUGGCCAGCAUGCCAAAAGGCCUACAAUCUGAAUCGAACGCCUAGUACCCUGACUCUGAAUAACAACAGUGCUCCAGCUAAUAGAGCCAACCAAAAUUUUGAUGAAAUAGAAGGAAUUAGGGAUACUUCUCAAGUCAUUUUGAGGCCUAGUUCCAGUUCUAACCCAGCUGCUAUUCAGAAUGAAAAUCUGAAAAGCAUGACGCAUAAGCGAAGCCAGCGCUCAAGUUACACAAGGCUCUCAAAAGAUUCUUCAGAGCUCCAUGCCUCUUCUGAUAGUACAGGUUUUGGAGAAGAAAGAGAGAGCAUUCUUUAA